AUGUCAGAGAUCACAUUGGGUAGAUAUCUUUUCGAAAGAUUACAUCAAUUAAAAGUUGAUACAAUUUUUGGAUUACCAGGAGAUUUCAAUUUAUCAUUAUUAGAUAAAAUUUAUGAAAUUGAUGGUAUGAGAUGGGCUGGGAAUGCCAAUGAAUUAAAUGCUGGUUAUGCAGCAGAUGGUUAUGCAAGAGUUAAAGGUAUAAGUGCAGUUGUUUCAACUUUUGGAGUUGGUGAAUUAUCAUUAACUAAUGCUAUUGCUGGAUCAUUUGCUGAACAUUGUGCUGUUUUAAAUAUUGUUGGAUUACCUUCUGUAAAUGCUCAAGCUAAACAAUUAUUAUUACAUCAUACUUUAGGUAAUGGAGAUUUUACAGUUUUUCAUAGAAUGUUUAAAAAUAUUAGUCAAACAAGUGCUUUUAUUGCUGAUAUAAAUACUGCACCAAAGGAAAUUGAUAGAUGUAUUAGAGAUGCAUAUAUCUAUCAAAGACCAGUUUAUGUUGGAUUACCUUCAAAUUUAGUUGAUUUAAUGGUUCCAAGUUCAUUAUUAGAAACUCCUAUUGAUUUAUCACUUAAAAAAAAUGAUCCAGAAGCUCAAGAAGAAGUUAUUGAAACUGUUGAAAAAUUAAUUAAAGAAGCUAAUAAUCCAAUUAUAUUGGUUGAUGCUUGUGCUUCAAGACAUGAUUGUAAAAAAGAAGUUGCAAAAUUGGUUGAUUUAACUCAAUUUCCAGUUUUUACCACACCAAUGGGUAAAUCAGGUAUUAAUGAAUCUCAUCCAAGAUUUGGUGGUGUAUAUGUUGGGUCCUUAUCACAACCUGAUGUUAAAGAAGUUGUUGAAGGUGCAGAUUUAGUAAUAUCAAUUGGUGCAUUAUUAUCAGACUUCAACACUGGUUCCUUUAGUUAUGGAUAUAAAACUAAAAAUGUCAUUGAAUUCCAUUCAGAUUAUACCAAAAUAAGACAAGCUACAUUCCCUGGUGUCCAAAUGAAAGAAGCUUUACAAAAAUUAUUAACAACUGUAACACAAUCAAUAAAUCCAUCAUAUAAACCAAUACCAGUACCAAGAGCUAAACUUAUAAAUUCACCUCAUCCCGAAGACACUCCAUUAACUCAAGAAUAUUUAUGGACUAAAGUAAGCUCAUGGUUUAGAGAAGGAGACAUUAUAAUAACUGAAACUGGUACUUCAGCUUUUGGAAUUGUUCAAUCAAGGUUCCCCAACAACACUAUAGGUAUAUCACAAGUAUUAUGGGGAUCUAUAGGUUACACAGUUGGAGCAACUCUUGGUGCUUCGAUGGCUGCUCAAGAAUUAGAUCCAUCUCGUAGGGUACUUUUAUUUGUUGGUGAUGGAUCGUUACAAUUAACAGUUCAAGAAAUUUCAACAAUGUGUAAGUGGGAAUGUAACAAUACUUAUAUUUUCGUUUUAAACAAUGAUGGUUAUACUAUCGAGAGGUUAAUUCACGGGAAGAAUGCUUCAUAUAAUGAUAUACAACCUUGGAACAAUUUACAAUUAUUGCCUUUGUUUAAUGCAAAAGACUACGAAACAAUCAAAUUAUCAACAACUGGAGAGUUAAAUCAAUUGUUUGCUGAUACUGCAUUUGCUAAACCAGAUAAAAUCAGAAUGAUAGAAGUCAUGUUACCAAGAAUGGAUGCUCCUGCUAAUUUAGUUGCUCAAGCUAAAUUGUCUGAACAAACAAAUGCUCAAACUUAA